AUGAUUUUACAAGUGAGGGAACGCAUUUAUGUGUUUGACAUUAAUGACAAAGGCCGGCGGCCUCGCCGAACCCCUCGCCGAGUAAAAAAAACGAACUUCGUGGGCAUUUCGCCGCUCAAGGAGCUGACCAAUGUGAAAACGCCGACGGACCGGCCGUUCAGGGUGUCCAUUGAGGGUAACAUCGGGGCGGGAAAAUCGACUUUAAUCAGGUACUUUCAAGGGAUGGAGGGCAUCGAGACCUAUGCGGAGCCGAUUGAUUGGUGGAGGAACGUAGAUGGUCAUAACCUCCUGGAGCUGCUUUACACCGAUAUACACCAAUGGCUGAAGGUUUUCCAGAGUUACGUGCAAUUUACUCGGUUGAGCAUACAGACUACGCCGCCGAAGAACAGCAGCACCACAGUGCAAAUGUUCGAAAGAUCAGUACAAAACAACCGCUUCUGUUUCAUGGAACAAGCGUACGCGAACGGGUACCUGCACUCGGCAGACUACGCCGUCCUGGACCAGUGGUACCGUUGGAUCAGGGCCAACGUCGACAUCAGCCUGGACCUGAUCGUUUACCUGCGCAGCAGCCCGGACGUGGUCUACGAAAGGGUGAAAAAGAGGGCGAGGCCGGAAGAGGCGGGACUCAGCCUGGAGUAUUUGAAACAGUUGCACGACAGUCACGAGCAAUGGCUGAUGACCGACGACGAUCGUUUUAAUACGAUUCCGGUGCUGGUGUUGGACGCCGAUAAGACUUUGGAGGAGAUCGUCGAGCAGUACAAGAAGAACGAGAAUAAAAUAUUGGGUUAUGAGAAGAAAGGAAUCGAAAAAGUGAAGCCCGAGGAGAAAGAAAAAGUGAAAAAAACCCUGGAUUUAUAGGAAUUAGGUUGUAAAGUAAUCCUUAGAGAGAGUAAUUAAGUUUAAAAUGCACCACAUAUGUAUAAAUAGUAUAUUUUAAUAUUUAAAUAGAGUGGAAGUGAACGUUCACCAAAUCCAAGACGUCCAAUUCCUAUUCUUUACCUUCGUGGAUUCACCCGAGGCGGUUUUAGUACGAACUUUUAAUGGUUGUAGAUUUAGCGUAAAAAUUUUACUAAAAAUCCUUUAUGCGUGGCCCGGGGACUCGUAUCACUGAAAAAGUCUGUAAUUGUCUUUUUUUAAAGGGUGUCCCAAUAAGAGCGCACGUUUUAAUUGGUAAAUAAAAGUCAUAAUUUAUUUUAAA